UUGGAGGCCUUGGCAUAAGAUGCCCUUAGAUGGGUGGUGCCCUGGAGGUCAGGCCGGAGUCUCCUGCAGGCAGGGGCACCUGGGGAAUUACUCACGGGUGCCUUUCAUUCCCUUCCUGCUCUGUGAGACCUGUGUUGAGUGCUCUGCAUCCAUUAUCUCCUAAUUUAUUUUACAACAGUUGCGCAAGGUAAGUUUAUUAUCCCCAUUUUAGAGAUGAAGAUUCUAAAGGGAGGCUCAGGGAGGUGAGUGACUUGCCCAAGGUCACACUACCAGUAAGUGGCAGAGCUGAGUCUACAGUGCAGGCUUCUCUGCGGGCAAAGCUCCUCUCUGCCUGCUAGCUAACUUCUCUUGUAACCCAGGAAAAGAACUGUAGAGCCUUCUUCCUUCACUUUCCUCCAGUGAGGACAUUUCUCGUCUUUCGGGUCUUGGUACAUUUUUCCUUCUUCCAGCAGAAUCAGCCACAUUCUUGCUCCCUCAGAUGCAUUAUAGGAUGGGGCUAGCUUUCUCCCUCCCUUCUUCACUUCCUCCCUCCCUCCAUUUUCUCCCUCUGGGUGAGACCAAGCAGCAAAGGGCUGCCUCAGUCCCCUGGGAAAACCCCAAGCCCUGGUCCUCAGCUCAUGGGCUCCGUGGCCUGCUCAGCUUGCAGUCUUGGCUGUGGGAGAGAAAAUUUAGCAAAGAUGGGUCCAUGCACGGCUGCAGCCUGUGGGUGCUCAGUCUAGCUCCAGGCAUUGGAAACCCAAAUGCUUCCAAGGAUCAGGGGGGAAAUGGAAUGAGUGAGGCGGGCCAGGGAGCCGCUCAGCUCCAAUCUUUGUCACUGUGUGAAAUGUGGACUUGGUAUGACCUGACUGUCCAAUUUUCAAGAUGAACCAGAAAUCCAGACCUUUAUAUAAAAUCUCCUGGAUUUUUAAAUGUUGGCGAUUAAUCAGAAUGUUUUUAAAAAUGGAUUGUGAACAUGGAUUGUUUUUAAAACAUGUCUGAGAACUGUGUCCAACCUAAGGGUCCUGUGUCUGAGACCUCUGGUCCGUGGGAAAGGGACAGCAGGUUUUGCUGGGCCGCCUCCAGGCUGUGUACACUGUAACACCAGGGGCUGCUUUCUGCAUUUGAGCCUCUUGAGGCUGCAGGGUGAUCCCUCAUCAGAGGGAGUUCUGUUGUCCCCUCGGCACCCUGGUCCUACUGCUGAAGAAACUCCAGCUCAGGUAUGGGAGUAGCCAGGAUGGGCUCACAUGGCUCAGUGAGGGCAGAAGCCAAAUUGGAGCCCAGGCCUACCCCUCGGCACUCUGUAUGUUACCCAGGCUGCCCCCAACCAGGGUAUCACCAUCAUGCCCAUGGGGCCACCUCCCCUGGAGGGUCAGAUCAUUAUUUCCAUGCUAGCUGCGGGGAUGAAGGCACAGAGAGCCACAGGCUGAGGUUUCAGUGGAGGAACCUGGUCUCUGAAAACCCUGCCCUGAGGAGGGCUGGAGCUGAGUGCAGUAGACACUGGCCUGAGGGAGGGCUCUCCACCUACAAGCCCACCGAAGCCACAGUCUCUGUGGUCUUAUUUGUAGUUUCCCAAGCCCUGGGUUCCUGGCUUGGUGUCAGGGUUAGGUCAUCUACCUGCAAGCGAGGGUGCCACUCAGAACCCUGGCCUAGGCGGAGGGCGGUUCUGGCCAGCUCCAAGCCUGGCUGACUGGGAGUGGAGACAAGUCCUGUCAAGUCCUCUCUGGCCUCAGUUCCUCUGUGUUGAUGUGGGAAGGGUGUAAGGGUGUUACCAGUGGCUUCCUGAAAUGCCCUUCCUGUCGGGACCGAGGACUUUGUCAUCACCCGGGCUUCACACCACCUGGCUAUGGAGACCUGAGCUGGACCCACUCCUUGAGCCUACAUCCUUGUCUGUAGAGAGAACAGCAGCCACCUCCCGAGUUUUCCUCAGAUAACUAGCAUAGAGACCAGUAGUGGGCCUGGCAUAUGCAAGGCACACAGGACAGGCUGUCAGUCUGUCCUGCCCCCCAGCCCUCACCCCCUGCUCUGAGUUCCUGUCCCUUCCCUUGAAGACCAGCAGCUCUAGCCUCAAGUCCAGGUGUGACCCAGUGCCCCUGCUGUCCGGGAUUUUCCAUCCCCACCACUCAGAGCCCUGGUGUGUGCCUCCGUACAGCCUUUUCCUUUGAUUCACGUACACACACGGAUUCUCCACUUGCUUAUAAACCACCCUGCCAGGCGAGGGCUGGGUGAUGGCUUUUCUCUGAGUGACGUUUUGGUGAAUGGCUGACAUUUCCCAGGAAGGAAUUGGACACAGACCCAGCCCUUGAGGUGCUCCCGGUCCCACAGCUAAAAGACCAAACAGGUAACGAGCCCUCCAGCAUCUCCUUCCAUACAUAGGUGGUUCUUGAGCUACUUACUGGGUGGCAGCUGGUAAGGCCGAUGGUGCUGGACCCUGGCCACCCCGGAACAUCCUGGCAUCAUUGGGCUUCCCAUCCCUGAGGGGUGGGGUGGCUCAGGUGAGCCCAAGAGGCCUCGGCAGGAGCUCAUUCGGGAGGCCAGCACCUAGGUCAGUGGUUCUCAAAGUGUGCUCCCUGGCCCUGCCCUGCAGUACCAGCAUCUGCUGGAAAUUUGUUUAAAAUGCAAACUCGGGCCCCAUCCUAGACCUACUGAAUCCAGCUCUGGGAAUGGAGCCCAGCACUGUUUUAACAGCCUCCACGUGGUUCUGAUGCUUGCUUAAAUUUGAGAAGCCCAGAUCUAAGCCAUGUUAAAUGCUAGAUUGGCUCCUGAGGCAGCGUAGUGUUGUGAAGAGUGACUAGGCUGGGCAGGGGCACAGCACAGUGGCGAUGGGGGCCGGGGAGAGACGAUGUUGGCCUGGCCAAGGCAGUGGCAGGAGGACCAAAGGAAGUGGACAAAUGCCACCCUGCAGAGGAUGCGGUGGACGGAAGGAAUGGUAGGCUCUUUGCUGAGAUAAAGGACCCAGUAGCAGAUCUUUGGUGCUUUGGCGUGUAAGGCUGAAGUGUGCAUAGGGCGGUGCCCACAGCAAUGCAGCCAGGCCCUGGCUCUGUGUGCCCUUGGGUGUCAUUUAAUCUCCUUGAGCCAAGUGUUCUCAUCUGCCAAAUAACAAGAAUGCUAGCCUGCUUCGAAGAGUGACUGUGGUGCCCAGUCCUCAGGCAGGGAGCACCCUGGGGACACACACAUCUCUGCAUCCUCAGCUCAGAAACCACCAUCAUCAGAGCUAAUGUUUGUUGGCACCUCCACACUCUUUGCAUGGAUUAGCUUCACCUUCACCAAUGAGGAAACUGAGGCAACUUGGAGGUUAAGAAACUCACCAAGGGUCUCGCUUUCAUCCCCCUGCCAUGCUCCCAGUGAGUGUGUGGCCCGGGAAAACAUGCAGAGCGAUAUGGUUCAAAAACACUACAGAUAAAUCAAGAUGCAACCCUAAAACAUGUUCAAAUAACCUUCAAGAAAGUAAGAAAAGAGAAACAGGAAACAAACAGAACGUGAGUAAUAAAAUGGCAGACUUCGGUCCAUCUGCAGGGCAUCGCUCCUAGCACCUGAACGCGUUGGGUAGGUAGGAGGAGGCAGGUAUUUGCUACUACCAGUCUGCAGCAGUGUGGGCAGUGGAGGGAGUGGCAGGGAGCAGCAGGCGGCAGGCAGGCUCUGAGUCUGAAAGGCUCCCAGACAAGGGCAAGAGCUCACAUAGUAAAGGAGCAGUAAGGGGGCAUGGUUUUUUCGGGAGGCUUUGCCAAGUCUGGCCUGGUCAGGUAGAGCAUUUUGAAAAGUCUGAAUGAACCUCUGAUGUUUAUGUAUUGAGCACCUAUGGCUGGUUAGAUGAGAGUCUAUGGAACACCUGGGAGGGAGGCUUCAGAUAGGAUUCUGUCAGACAGGAUUCUGUCAGACAGUGUUCAGUGUCAAAUCCCCACCCACUCCACCUGGGGGCGGAGCCAGGUUGGGGCCAGGGGGCUAGCUAUGUGACCUUAAGCAAGAGCCUUCCUCUCUUUGGCCCAAAGUUGCCUAGUCUAUAAAAUGCAGCUAUGAUGGCACCCAGCAGGUCCUGGGCGUGGCCUGCCCUGUAUGGCCUAAUGCCCCACCUGCUGAGCUGGGUGCCCUCAGGGCACAGACCCUGUCUUUUGUCUCUUGCUAACCUGGAGCUGCCAUUACAUCUCCCCUUCAUCCUGUAGCUCUUUCUCACGCUGCUGUUCCACAGCAGCGUCGGGCUGGUGAACAGGCAUGCCAGGGCCCUGGUGGGAAGGGAUGGGAAUGCAUUUUGGCUGCUAGCUGGCUUGUCUGCCCAGUGGCCCCAUGGCUGCCACUUACAUCUGGCUUAUCAGAGUUUGGAUUCAGACUCAGGCUAAGUCCUAGCUCCUCCCCUUCUGAGCUGUGUGAUCUGGGGCAAGUCAUUUCCCUCUCUGAGCCUAUCUCCCUGUCUAUCAAAUGGGCACAACCACCACGGACAAGAUAGUGUUGAAGAGAGGAUUCUGCGUGAUCCUUGAAAGAUAUUUCUAAUUCAGCUAAACCCUAUCACCUCCAGCCCCGGAGUUACCUUUUCUGACCCAGAGCUGUUCCAGCCUGGCAGACCAGGGGGACCUCUAGUUAGUGCCAGUUUCCUCAGAGCAUUCCUGAUGGCUCAGGAAAAGAAUAACAGAUGUAAUUAACUCCCAGUGACUGGCAGCAUCGUGUUUUUAUCUGGGCUGCGUCACCAUGGCAGCCUCAUGGCAGGGUUGUCGAGGGGGCGGGCAGAGCUAUGGUUCCUGCCAUUGUCUGUUCUGGAACGCAGGCCCAGGAGAAGGGGACUGGCAAGGGCACCAAGUGGCACGUGGCUGAAGGCAGCCAUGGAGUCAGACAGGAGCCAUCUGGGGAGAAGUGUGGGGUGGCCCAUCGCCUGGCUUCCCCCCAGCUUGGGGCUCAGGCUCCCUGUGGCUCUCGCAGCAGAGUGUGUGUGUGCCUUGGGCAUGCUGAGGGUGGGGUCCGUGGGGCUCCUGGAAGAGGCCCACAAAGUAGCCCAGGCAGCACUGCCCCCCACCCACUCAGGCUAGGGUUUUGUGGCCAGGCCUGGAUUCAAAUUAUGGUUCCAUCACCUGCCAUCUACACAGCCAGUUGUUCCCCUAACUCCUCGUCUGUAAAAUAGGAAUCAUUCCAGUUACCCCAAAGGCUUUCGUUCAAACCCGUGUGUAUAAGGCAUUCAGGAAAGGCUCAGUUCUGUUCUGUGGGGGCGGUGAGCAGUCACCUGCCACCCUUCACUCUCAGAGUCAGGGCUCCCUCCUACCUCCCUCUUAGGGUGCAAGGUUCCCCCUCUCACCCGCAGCUGUGGAGAGGAGGAAGCGGAACUAGAGAUGCCCAUCUGGAGUGAGUGCAGGACCAGGUCCCACGCGGCCCCGGGUGAGGCACGCCCGCGCGCCCGCCGGCGCCAUGGGAAGGAGCGGGCGCCGCUGCUGUCCCCCGCCGGCGCGCGCACGACUUGAGACCUGCCACGGGCAGCCCCCGGCCGCGGGUCCCCCAGUGACGCUGGCGGCACCUGAGAGUGUGGCGCGGGCCCGGGGCCACGCAGCGGAGCCCAGUGUCCAGUGAAGCGGCUGAGGACCCGCCGCCCGUGCCGCCGCCAUGGUGAUGUCCCAGGGCACCUACACGUUCCUCACGUGCUUCGCCGGCUUCUGGCUCAUCUGGGGUCUCAUCGUCCUGCUCUGCUGCUUCUGCAGCUUCCUGCGCCGCCGCCUCAAACGGCGCCAGGAGGAGCGACUGCGCGAGCAGAACCUGCGCGCCCUAGAGCUGGAGCCCCUCGAACUCGAGGGCAGUCUGGCCGGGAGCCCCCCGGGCCUGGCGCCGCCGCAGCCACCACCACACCGUAGCCGCCUGGAGGCGCCGGCUCACGCGCACUCGCAUCCGCACGUGCACGUGCACCCGCUGCUGCACCACGGGCCCGCGCAGCCGCACGCGCACGCGCACCCACACCCGCACCACCACGCGCUCCCGCACCCGCCGCCUCCGCACCUGUCGGUGCCGCCACGGCCCUGGAGCUACCCGCGCCAAGCGGAAUCGGACAUGUCCAAACCACCGUGUUACGAAGAGGCGGUGCUGAUGGCAGAGCCGCCGCCGCCCUACAGCGAGGUGCUCACGGACACGCGCGGCCUCUACCGCAAGAUCGUCACGCCCUUCCUGAGCCGCCGCGACAGCGCGGAGAAGCAGGAGCAGCCGCCUCCCAGCUACAAGCCGCUCUUCCUGGACCGGGGCUACACCUCGGCGCUGCACCUGCCCAGCGCCCCUCGGCCCGCGCCGCCCUGCCCAGCCCUCUGCCUGCAGGCCGACCGUGGCCGCCGGGUCUUCCCCAGCUGGACCGACUCAGAGCUCAGCAGCCGCGAGCCCCUGGAGCACGGAGCUUGGCGUCUGCCGGUCUCCAUCCCCUUGUUCGGGAGGACUACAGCCGUAUAGAGGGGCGCCCGGCGCCCCGGGCCCCACCGGCGGACUCCUGGCCUGACUGCGGGGCUUUUUAAAUGCUUCCCUGGACUGCAGGGAGGGGCGGGGGGAGGGAGGGAUUUCUUAUCCCGUUUGUUACAUUUUGAGGAUAAUAAAGGUGUGUGAUCUGGUUUGGUACAA